ACAUUAGAAUGGGCAAUGUCCGAAAUGGUGAAAAGCCCAAGAGUUAUGCAGAAGGCACAGGCAGAGGUGAGGCAGGUUUUCAAUAGAAAAGGAAAUGUUGAUGGUGAAGGGUUACAUGAAUUAAAGUACUUGAAACUUGUCAUCAAAGAAACUUUGAGAUUGCACCCUCCUGUUCCUCUGCUACUUCCAAGACAAUGCUCACAGAGAUGCAAAAUCAACGGAUAUGAUAUACCAGUCAAGUCCAGAGUCAUCAUCAAUGCAUGGGCAAUUGGCAGGCAUUCUGACUAUUGGGGUGAAGCUGACAGAUUCUAUCCAGAGAGAUUUGUUGAUAGUUCAAUUGACUACAAGGGGGCCGAUUUUGAAUUCAUCCCAUUUGGUGCUGGAAGAAGGAUGUGUCCUGGCAUGGUGUAUGGUAUUUCCAAUGUUGAGUUACCUCUUGUACAGCUGCUGUAUCAUUUUGACUGGAAACUUCAAGGUGGAAAAAAGCUUGAAGAUCUUGACAUGGAUGAGGUUUUUGGAGCUGUAGUUAGAAGGAAAAAUGAUCUCUUCUUGGUUGCAACCCCUUAUUCUUCUCUUAACAACUGAGUUGCAUUGAGACAAAAAGAAAAAAAUUGUAUCAGUAUUGAGUACAGCCGGUGAACAGUACUCAAGGUAAUAAGGAAAUAUCAUUUUGAAUUGUGCCUCUUGGUUGUAUUAUUAAAGAUUUAGACAAUCACAAAUACAUGAAUUGUUAGGUCUAUAUAUGUCUUAA